AAUAUAAUAAUAAACCUAUAAUGAUUCAAUCUCCCAACGCCAGUACAGAUUCUACAACAAUUGCCACCACAUCAUCAAUACUAACAACUCCAACCAAGAAUGUAGAUGAAUAUUUAAGUCAAACAGGUUUAGGAUAUAUAUCAGGUAGAUCAAUUAGAUCAGGUUGUUCUUCAGCUCCUAUCAGUUUA